AAUCACAAACGUACGUACAUUGUUUCUCAGUGUUUUUUUGUUCUAUAUUUCAAUUUUAUUUGCUAUUGUUUGUGUUAUCGAUAAAACUUCAAGUUGUGUUAAGUGAAUUAUAAGUUAUAUCUGCACGUUACAUUGUUUUAAUUGUGCCAUACGUUUGCAGUUUCGUAGUGACUCAACUUUUUGUUUGUGUGCUACAUUAAAUGAGUAGAAUCAUAAUGUUAUCGAUGUGUAAAUAGUCGUACCAGGUCAGCUCAAGAGAUCUUAAGGAUAUGGAUACACCGCCGGUUCCGAAGCCUCGGAGUGUUUUAACCGUACCAAAUGACCAUAUUAAGCAACCUAUACCUCUCCCGCGGACUAAGAUCACUGAAAACAAUGAGAAAUCUUUAUCUACGGGUUUAAUGAAAUCCCUCAAUACUGUUUCGAAAAUUACGGGUGAUGUUGCGAACAAAGUGGCGACUACCACGAAAACAGCCAGAGAGGACAGUUCCAAGUUUGCUAAAGAAACACUUGAGAAGACCUUGUCUACAUCUAGGUCUGUGAUAGACAGUACCAAGUCCAGUUUAAAACUGCGUAGGUUGAGGAAAUUCAGCACUGAUGAUAAUGCUAAUAAGCAUGUGUCAAUGCCUUGUAUUGAUACCAGAAUGUUUGAAAAUAUACAGUUUCAGUCUCCAAUGUUAGAACAAAAACAGUUUAGAAAGGAAAAUGUGAAUGAUAUACCAUCACUUCAACUCAAUGCAACAUAUUAUGAUGACCUCUCAUUAUUUUCUAGUAAUUCAGAUUCCAAAUCAGAGACUUUGAGCGAUUUCUCCCGGGACAGUUCAGAAUUUGAGCAGAACCAUAGUAUACAUGUGGAACAUGAACGAAUGACAUAUGAUACACCCAGACAAUCUAGAACCAAUAGUAUAAUUGAGAGAGUGGCUCCUGACCCACCAGAGAUAAGGAGGAAGCGUACUAGUGAAAUAAGCAUGAUGAGGAAUAAUUCUCUAUAUGAAAACUGGUCACUGCCAAAUUCAACCAAAAACAAUACUGAAUAUACAAAGAAACAUUCAACAGAGGAAGCUAGUAACAACUAUGAAUUUGAAAUGGAUGACAGGCCCAGUAAGAGUACAAUACUGUUGUUUGAUCCAUUAAAUACAGCAUCAUCAACUAAGAAAUAUGAUGGUGUUAGUAAUGAAUUGCUACUGUUAGAAUCAUUCCUAAUAGAAGAUACAUAUGGUUCAAUAAUAAGUACGGACAACCAUGAUGAUCUAUCAGAAUAUAGGGAAUCUGAUUAUUUCAACCCACCAACACCACCAGAAAGAUCUGAUAGCCUUUUCCCAACUAUAUCGACAAAUGAAAAUAAUAAUGAAAUACCAGUCCCAGAUUCAGUGCAGGACACUACAAAAUCUGCCACAAAUGACACUAAAAAGCCACAGUCUGUUAUGCACAAGUUUUCACAAAUAUUAAAACUGGAUAAUGUUUUGAACAAGCAGUCGAAACAAGAGAACUUGAAUUUACACAUUGUGGAGAGGCCGUUAAUAAGUCCAUUGGAGGGUCCAUACUUUUGUGGUAUAAUAACUCGGAUUGCAGCAAGCGUUGGUGAGGAUCUGUUCAAAAAUUCACAGUCCAGAUACUGUGUACUCUCCAAUAAAAAACUCAUAUGCUAUUCAGAUCCAACUAAUUCUAUUUUGAAAGAAGCUUACACUUUGGACAAUGUGUAUUCUAUUCAAUUAGUGCUGCCUAUAUCUUCUAGCACAACGAGCAACUCGUUCUGUUUUGAGAUCAUGAUCUCUGGGGGCGCUAACAAGCACACGCCGCGGAAGGUGGUGUUUAGCUGCACCAACGCGGCGUUGCGCAGGAGUUGGACCGAUCAUCUGGUCACGCACAUGACUACCUUCCCAGUCAAAUAUACCAGUGACUUCACCAGAUGCGGCUGGUGCUACCUCAAGGAAGGAGUGUCAGGAGAAUGGAGAGGCGCUUGGUUAAUACUACAUCGUCGCGUAUUGGCUUAUUACACCACCCGAGAUACUACCGUGUGCACUGUCGAUCUGAGGAAGACCAGAUGUGUUGCCUCCCAAGAAACAGAGGAAGAAACGAAAAAGUCCUGUCAGUCUGAAUGCUCCGACAAUCUGUUGCUGGAUUAUCCACUAGCCACAUUAUACCUGCACUUUGCUCAUGACCGAGAGCUUAAGAGUUGGCAGUUCAUGAUCCGACUGGCAGCUCAUAACAACGGCACAUAUCUGCACCACCAGCAGCUCACCAAGGACGACGUGCCAGUAGUGGUCGACAAAUGUCUCAGCUUUGUGUACGCACAUGGCAGUCUCUCGGAGGGUAUAUACCGUCGUGCGGGCUCCAACUCCAUGAUAUCCGACCUGCUCUCAAGGUUUCGGCGGGACGCGUGGUCAGUGCAGCUCUGCCACGGCCAACACUCAGAGCACGACGUCGCUGGAGCACUCAAGAGGUUCUUUAGGGAACUACCAGAAUCACUUAUACCCCAAAAUAAACAUGGCGAACUCAUCGACACUCUACGUAUACCGAACGCGUUGGAGCGACACCAAACGUAUAGACGAAUAUUCGCUUCCUUCCCACUGGUGGCAUCCAAUACAGCUAGGAAGCUGUUUGCACACCUAAACUUUGUGCAUUCAAUGAUGUACGCGAACAAGAUGGGAGCGGAGAAUUUGGCGGCGGUCUGGGCACCCACUGUAAUGCCGCAGGCCACUACUAGCGACCCAAACCAGAAAACGUGGACGACAUGCUUGUACGUGAUUAAAGAUCUGAUUGUGAACUUCGAAGCGAUCUGGGAGCCCACUGACGCUGAGAAGCUCCGAGAGGCUGCCAUCAGGAGGGUGCUGGUGAAGGUCUACGGAUCACAGAUCUCGGUCGCUCCGAAGGCGGCUGGAGAUCUCCGAGCGUGGGUCUAUAUCAAUGAUAAGUCCACGUGCUACCAUGUGGCGCUCACCCCAAACAAAACAAGUGCGGACGUGUGUAUAGAAUUAGCCGAAAAAGCGAAUACAUACUCUCACCUUCUGAUGUUGGAAGAGGUUGUUUGCGGCAAUGCUAUGCGAAGAAUAAUCCACAUAAACGAAGUAGUUCUAGAUGUAGUACUAAGAUGGAGCUACUGGGACGAGGAGGAUAGAAAAGAGAAUUAUCUAUUGCUGACCAAAAACACAAUGCUACAUGACAUAGAGGCUAACAAGAAGGCUCCACAGCUAAAUGCAACUCUCAAGUUUGCUAACGAAACCACGAAAACAUUCAAGUCUCACGUAUUUGGUGUACACGGAACUAACUUGUGUUAUUUUAAGGAUAAACAAGGUAUAAUGAAAGCAGAGGAGUGGAAAAUUAAAGAUCACCUGUGGUACCUCGGUCAUGAGCCGAAGCGCAAUCCUCAAGGACUGUGGGCUAUAACCUUUAUACCCAAAAACAACAAACCGAAACGAAGUAAAGAGAGACCAUGGUUCGGCAUCACGAUAUCAAGCCAAGUGGCCAAAAAUGACUUGAAAUGGUUGGCUGCUAUAACGUUUGCGGAACACUCUAAUAUUAUGCCGAUACCUCGAUUAAUCGACACACAAUAAAUUGUUUCAUUUUUAUCUUAGAAUCGAAACAUCGUCUAGGCAGAGUAAGCAGCGUUUUAUUUAUCAUAUGAUAUUUUGAUGGAUAAAUAAUAAAAAGGUCGAACCUACGACUAAGUGACAUUUAUAAUAAUCAAUAUGAAAGAAAUGAUUAGAAAAUUAAGCUUCGCUUUAUACGUUAUUUUGUAAACGGUAUUCGUAAAAUACAAUUGUGAAAAGAUUUUUUUUAUUAUAAAUUUAUAUGUUUAUUAUAACAUUAAUAAACUGAAAGACAUUUACUAAUUAAUAUAUACGGGAGUAUAGAGUCAUUUAUAUAAAAUUUAUAAUUUUUAGUAAUUAAAUAUAUCAUAUAUAUACUAUACACUGACUUUAUAUUAUGAAUUUAAUAAAAAAUCAGUUGCCUUAUGAGCGUACAAAUAAUAAUUAUAAGAGUUUUAAACGUAGCGAAUUAAAUAAAAUUAUAUGACAUAUCGAAUGUUAUUACUAAUCAAUAAUGUAAUUAAUAUAUUUACAUUCUUGACGUUUUGACUUGGUUAGAAGACACCAGCCGUGGUCCCCAGUAGUUUAUAACAACUACAACGGUAUUAUUGUCAGUAGAUAUGGCAUUUAGUCGUGUCUUGAUGUAACCUUGUCAAAUCAUCGAGUGAUGUAAAACUUAUUUUUAAUAUACAUGUAAUAAUCCAUAUUAUCAAUAUAUAUUCAUAAUGUUUAUAAAAAGCGAAAGCUUUUGACGCUUUUCUAAUUUAGGGGAUUCCAUAAAUAGCGAAAAAUAAUUUGCUAAUAUGAGUUGAAUCGUAUAUACGAAUUGUCAUUCAUUAUGAUCAUUAAUACAAGUUUUCAAAGUUCAUGAUGCUUUUAACAAGUGUUUUAUAAGUGAUAUGUUAAUGUACAACAUUAUUCAAAUGGGAUAUUACCCAUGUUAAUAUUAUUCAAGAGCUCCAGGUCACGGGUCGACUGUAGUGGUCAUUUGUAACAGCGGCGAUAUAACAGGAACUCUUAAAUAAUAUCAAAAUCAAAUGGUCAUUAUAUAUAUGUAUAACGCGUACAAUUCUAUACAACAGUGAAAAAAGUUCAAACCGAAAUUAUCUUUCGUGCUGCUAUGUUUGUUUUUAUAUGUUAUAGACAAUAUUAGAUUUCGUAGCUAUACUAUUGUGCAACACCGAGCUAAAUAAGAUAUUAUUAACAACUAGUAUAAAAUUUAAGAAAACUUCUACCUACUGUUGGAUAUUUACUAAUGGAGAAUGAAACAUGAACUAUUUGAAAAAUAACAAGUAUAACUUGCCAAUGUUUAAAUCUAUAUUUAACUAUAAAUCUAUUAUUCUAUAUUAAUGUCUUAACUAUCAAUUAAUGAAUUAAAAUAUACAUUCCACACUCUCAUGUUGACACGAUAUAGGAAUUAAGUUACAAUAAGUUAUGUCAAAAUUUGAAUUAAGUCUGAAUUGGUGCUAAUUUUAAAUAUAAUUCGACACAAAAACAUAUAGUUCCUCUCAGCAUUAUUUACAAAGAUCAAAUAAGUAUUUAUAAAUAAAUCCCAGUCUAAAUUUCAUUGUUACUCAAUAGUCUUGCCCAGGUAUAUUAAGGAUUUCGCACUGAAGUGUGUAUGUUUUACUUGCCAUGUUUUAUUAGCAUGAGUGGUGACAAUUGUAGUGUGCUUGACGUGACCAUGUCACCUGCUUUAGACUGACUGUCCCGUUGUCUUCAGCCGGAGGAAACUUUAGAUAUAUUGAUAAUAUAUGUAACCAAUCUAUAUAAAUUAUAUCAAUGAAACGUCUUAGUUCUAACUAACAUAGGAUUGAGACGCUUACGAUAGACAAAGAAAAGUAUAGCAAGAAUAUUAUAAACUUUUUUGACACGAAAAGAUUUACAUGUUUAGUUACAUGAUUACAACAUGUAAAGUUUUACAGCGUAUUAAUAUUCUGUAAUAUUAAAAAUUAAAAGAAUGAAAAAUAUAUUUUAUCUACAUUCUUAUGUGCAUCACAAUGAUGCAAAGGGGCAUGAAUCCUAUUUUUUUUUAAUUAUUUUAUACCGCAAGUGUACCGUCCUGAUAAAAAUAAAUGGUCACGUUAAGUAUGUAAUUUGAUGUUUAAACAUAACUUGUUUUAUGUUUCUUUGUCAUUAAUGUUUUCUUCUCGCCUUUGUCUAUGUCGGCCAUAUGAGGUCAUGAAUACUAACACUGUAUUUCAG